CCGCCUUCAACCACACUCACGACGACGACGACUAUUCACGAUGGCGUUGGCGGCGCACCAGUCGCCGAUGAUUUCAAUACCUAAGAAGGGAACGGACGAGGUCGACUGGACGAGUCCCAUUCGCUCCGCAAUCUCGCAGUCGUACGGAGAGGACCCAGACAAUUACGCAACAGAAUGCGCGAACCUGCACAGGUGUCGGCAGGACGCGGUCAAGGGCGCAGGCAGCGACAUGACAGCUCGCGAUCUGCUGUACAAAUACUUUGGCCAGCUCGAGCUGCUCGAGCUCCGAUUCGCAGAGAUCCGGGUCAACUUCCCCUGGCGCGACGCAUUUACGAGCAAGCUCACGACCCAGACAUCCAUCGCAUACGAGAAAGCUUGCAUCAUCUUCCAGAUAGCCGCAACACACUCUGCCAUCGCGGCGUCCCAGAACCGGUCAGACCCUGAGGGCCUCAAGAGGGCUUUCUACUACUUCAGGACAUGCGCGGGCAUGCUCACGUACAUCAACGACAACUUCUUGCACGCACCAUCUACCGACCUCAGCCGUGAAGUUAUCAAGUUCCUUGUCGGCAUCAUACUGGGGCAAGCCACGGAAGUCUUCUUUGAGAAAUGCAUGGACGAGAAGAAGAGCCCCGCCCUCAUUGCCAAGAUUGGUGCUCAGGCUGCGUUCACGUACACUGGGCUGUCCGAGGAAGUAAAGGAGUUUAUGGGGAAGGGCAUCUUUGACAGGAAUUGGGUGACCGUCGUUCAGACCAAAGCGAAGUACUUUGUAUCACAAUCACAAUAUUACCGUGCCUUAGCCGACAAUGCUGCGGGGAAACAUGGCGAGGCCCUCGUCCGCUUCACCUACGCCGAAAACCAGGCCAAGGAGGCCAACCGAACCGCGCAACCUUUCGCAUCUCUCUUUGUCACCCAGAUGUCGCCAAACCUCCCACCAGAUGCUGGUACAUGUCUCGCCGACCUCACCAAAGCUCAUCUGGCCCUGUGUACAGAGAAGAAAAACGAGGCGCAGCGUGAGAACGACCUGAUCUACAACAACAUCCUCGUUCCCUUCGAGACGCUGCCCCAGAUCGAGAAGACCACUGUUGCUACGUCCAUCUCGAUCCAGGAUGUAUAUGGCACUCCCGAGGUGCAGAAGGUCAUCGGCCCCGACAUGUUCAUUCGCCUGAUCCCACUGAGCGUGCACGAGAGCGCGAGCGUGUACUCGGAGGAAAAGGCGAAGCUCGUUCGCGGAGAAGUUGAGAAAGCGGACGAGGCAGAGGCGGAGGUGAAGAGCACGCUCGACUCGCUUGGUGUCAAGGAGGGCCUGGUGCGCUAUCGUGCGAUCGCAGAGGGCGAGGUGCACGGCGACAUCGAGAUUCCGGUCGACGUGCGCCGGUGGCGGGAGGACAUCACCGUCAUGGAGCAGCGCGAGCCCGUCGAGGGCCUCCUCGCGGAACUCAGCCGGCUCAAGGCGAACGUGCAGCACGAGCUCGAGGACGUCGGCCGCGAACUCGACGCCGAGAGCCGCGAGUGCGAGGCGAUGCGCGUCAAGUACGACCACCUCUGGACGCAGGCGCCGUCGGCGACGCUCACGAAGGGCCUCCGGCAGGACCUCAAGUCUCACUUUGGCGCGCUCGAGGCUGCCGCGGCGUCCGACCAGCAGGUCGUAGUCCUCUGGGGCUCGGUCAAGGACGAAAUUGGCUUGCUCCUUUCGUCCCAGGUCGAAGAUGUUUUCCGGGCGAGUACGGCGCGCGCGGGUGCGGGGUCGGAGAACCUCUUGGAUCUUGAUGUUGCCAGCGAGACCCGGGAUGAUGAAGAACGGGCGCAAGUUACACAUUUGGUCCAUGAGAUAGAGAACCGGCUUGGUCGUUUGAACAAGAUUUCUCGGGAACGCAACGAAGUACUCAAGGACUUGAAGGAGAAGGUUCAAACUGACGACGUCUCACAUCUGCUGCUCCUCAACCGCCGCAAUCCUGGAGCCGAGGGUUCUCUGUUUGCUGGCGAGCUUGAGAAGUUCAAGCCGUUCCAGCAACGGCUAGGUGCUACGGUCCAUCACGAGCAGACGACCCUACAAGAGGUCACCCAACUUUGGCGCACGCUCAAGGAUUUGGCUAGUCGCGGCCCUGGAGCAAAGAAAUGGGAAGAGCGGGAACGUAGAAAGCAGGACACCAUCAAACGAUUUUCACAAGCUCGAGAUGGCUACAUGGAAGCGCGAGAUGGCCUAGCAAAGGGCCUGCAGUUCUAUCGCGACCUGACUGAUCUCACGAAUGAGCUCAAGCGAAAUGUUAAGCAGUUCGUAACCGGGCGGGCAGCGGAACGCCAUUCGAUGACAGCAUCUGCGGAGACUCAGAGGAGAUUGGCUGCAACUCCUACGUCUCCUCCUCCCCUCGCUGAUAAGCCACGUCCACCACCGCCUCCGCCGAAAGGCCCUCAAUCGCCGAUAGCGGGCCUCAACUCGGCCUUUGCGUCUAUGAACAUGCAGGGCUCUGGUGCGCCGGCGCCAUUUCCACCAAGCCGAGGAACCUGGAAUUCGCCGCCGGCAUCGACCUACACUUCACCUCCACCCCCGCCAUCACGUACAGGCUCACUUCCGCCUCCACCACCCCCACCGUCAUCGCACAUGCAGUCUCCUCACCAGGCGAACGCACCUGCCCCUGAUCCUUGGGCAUCCCUCGGCAUGUUCGAGACGUCGAAAGUAUCGUAUACUCAGCCCUCAUCAACAUCUGCACCAGCCCCAUCAGCACCUCCGCGUCCGCCUCCACCGCCACAACAAUACUCGUACGGCGCUGCGCCUCAAGUAUCUUCCCCGCCGUACGGCCAGCCCCAGCGCCAGCCUUCGUAUCCCCCUCCACCGCUGAGCCCGUACGGCAGCGGUGGGUACGCUUACCAAACCCAGCCUCCGCCUCCACCGCAGGGCGGCCCGGCCCUGCCUCCGCCGCCGCCUCCGAUCUCGUACCAAUCACAGCAGUAUGGCGCGCCGCCGCAACCACCCUCGCAUCUACCACAACAACCGCAACAGCAGCAGCAACAGCAACAGGCGUACCCAUACCAGCACCCUGGUUUCCCACCACCGCCUGCGCAGCCACAGUACGGGCGGUAUUCAUGAGUUGGUUCUGCGAGCAGCUGAAGUAUGCGCAUGUAUCAGGUGAAAUAGAUGUUAUUUUACCACUAAUGUCUUGCUUAUUCCCACUGGUCCGCGUUCUGGUUACUUGUGCUCAUCUAAGUGCAUCAUGUGGUUAGACAUUUGCGACAGAAACUUGCCAGCUGAGGGACUGUGCACUUCUUGAGAGCAUCUGCAGCUGUGUGUUUAGAGAGCGCUC